UGGUUCCGUAUAUUGCACGUUCCUAUAAGGCUGGCCUGACCUUUGAUCCCGGAGGAGGUUGAUACGCUACGCUGGUAACGUCACUGGCAUCCAUGCCUGCUGCUGGGCCCCCAACAACUCGAUGAAACAAGAUGCCACCAAAGAUCUACGAGCCCAGCAACGAGUUUAUCGAGAAGAGCUACCUCACUGACUAUCGCCGAUACGUGAACAAAACCUAUGGCCUCUCGCUCGAGACCUACGAGGACCUGCACAAAUUCUCGGUGGACCGACCAAACGACUUUUGGCUGUCGCUAUGGAACUACCUACCCGUCAAGGCUUCUGUGCGGCCUAAGCGAGCAAUCGACGAGUCCAUCCCUAUCGACGAGUUCCCUGAAUUCUACGAAGGUGCUCGUUUGAACUAUGCGGAGAAUCUCUUGUCAAGGACCGGCUCGGACAUUGCUGUCAAGGCGCUGAACGAGCUCACGCUAGACCGUCCGGAAGAGAUAUCAUGGGACGACCUGCGAGAGCGUGUGCGACUGUAUGCUGAUGCACUCAAGGCAACCGGCUACCAGAAAGGUGACGUGAUGUGUGUUAUUGGAGGGAGUACUAUCAAGUCUCUCGCCCUCUACCUUGCCGCUGGCUCCAUCGGAGGCAUCAUUGCUUCGUUUGCCCAUGAUGCUGGCGAGCGAGUUCUCCUUGAUCGUGUUGGUCAACUGAAGCCAAAGCUGCUCUUCGCUCAACCGAAUUACCAAUACAAUGGCAAGACGCAUGAAAUUACCGAUCGUGUUCAAGGCGUCUGGGACGCUGUCGAAAAGCCUUCAGGCGCUCAGCUGGUCUGCACAGGAGAUGAGACGCCAAAAGGAUGGAAGAGCUUCGAUGAGUUUCUCAAUCAAGCGACAGGCAAGGCGCUGGAGUUCGCACAACUCCCCUUUCACACUCCUUACGUCGUCAUGUUCUCGUCUGGCACGACCGGAACCCCGAAAGGCAUCGUUCACUCUCAAGGCGGCCUGAUUAUCAACGGUAUGAAGGAACAUCUCCUGCAUUACAACCAUGAUCUGCGCGCAGUGCACUACCACUAUGCCGGAAUCGGCUGGACGCUGUGGAAUAUCAUGGUCGGCGCACUGUUCUGUGGCAGCCAGAUCGUGCUAUACGACGGCUCUCCCUUUUACCCAUCGCCGGAGAAGUUGUUGAAGGCCGUCAUGGCUACCGGUGUGACCUCGUUCGGUGCCGGCCCGCGCUACUUUACAGAAUUGCAGAAGGCGGGCGUCAAUGCGAAGCCCUACACCAAGAACGUCGACAAGAUCCCGUCUGCCGGCGCCUUGCUCACCGAGGCCAUGGCUCUGUGGGUUAGAGACUCAUUUGGAUCCGACAAAUGCCAGAUCUCGACUUCUGGCGGUACGGAGUUGUGUGGGAACUUUGUGCAUGGAUGGCAGGGCAAGCCGGUCUACGCCGGGGAGAACGCAGUCAUCAAUCUGGGGAUGGAUGUUGACAUCUUCACGCCGGAGGGCAAAUCGGCGCCCAUGGGCGAGAGUGGAGAACUCGUAUGCCGCAAGCCCUUUCCCAACAUGCCCGCCAUGUUCUGGAACGACCCUGGGAAGAAGCGAUAUCACGCCACCUACUUCGAGAGCUUCCCCCACGUCUGGACGCAUGGCGACUUCAUCCGCAAGAAUCCAGAGACGGGGGGCUAUGUCAUCUCCGGUAGAAGCGAUGGCGUUCUCAACCCCUCUGGAAUCCGCUUUGGCUCUGGCGAAAUCUACACCAUUUUAGAACGAGAGGCGUCUGGAGAAGUCGUCGACUCCAUCUGCGUUGGCCAGCAACGAGAGCAGGAUCAAAGUGAGCGCGUCUUCCUUUUCUUGCUCACCAAGGAUGGAGCGGUGUCCCCCAAACUCGAGAAGAAGAUCCGCGAUGCCGUCUCGAGAGAUUUGAGCCGCCGGCACGUGCCACACUUUUUCUUUGCCGUCUCGCAAAUCCCGUACAACGUGAAUGGAAAGAAGCUGGAGAUUCCUCUGCGGGCAGUGUUGUCAGAAGGAAAGACUGCUUUCACCAGGCGCAAGUUUACAGCGGAGGAGAUACAGUUGCUUGAGCUGUAUUUGCCAUAUUUCGAGGUGGAGAAAUUGACCGAAGGUAACGAGGGCAAGGUGAAGAGCAAAUUGUGAAUAAGUACUUCCGAUG